AUGACUCAGGCCAAUCGAGUCCCCAGGUUGGUUACACUGCGUUAUGUUGGCGACGCGGGAGGCCCGCCACCUCUGUGCGAAGCUCUGAAGAGUAACAGCUCUUGGCGGUUAAGGGGUCUUUUCCUGCGAACAGGUCCGCGGUGCCUUUGGUUCUCGCGCUCCCUAUACGAGGUCCUAGGCCCUGAGAACCCGUUUUCAUUCAUGACUAUGAAUAACCUGGGAUUCUUGCUUGGUAGCCCGGGAAAACACGAAGAGGCAGUGCAGAUGCACCGGAAAACUUUGGCACUUAGGCAAAAGGUGCUGGGCCUAGAAAGCCCGUCGACAUUUAACAGCAUAAACAACCUGGCAUCGGUGCUUGACAGGCAGGGGACUAGCUCAGUGGACACGCUGUUCGCCGCUAAUCAUUACUUUAGUGGACGACCAACAGAUGUCUUCCCAAGUGGCAGGUAG